AUGAGAAGAGGAGGCGGCGUUCCACCGUCCACCACGGUGGACGUCAAACCAUUUCUCUUCUCCCCAGACAUAAACAUAUCAGCUAUCAUCAACCUUUGCAAACAACAAAGCAACAAUGCUAGGAUCAUCAGUUACAUUCCCCAAAACGUUCCGUUCGUUUGCGAAAUCUGCACCGACACUAAAACAAUGAAAGACGCUUUCUGCAUCGGAGCUUGUUCCCACAGGUACUGCUCCGACUGCAUCGUUAUGUACAUUGAUUCAAAUCUGAAAAACAACACCGUCAACAUUCGUUGUCCCUUUAUUGGUUGCCGCUGUUUGUGGGAAGCCGAUAGUUGUCGUAUGAUUCUUCCUGUGGAGAUUUUUGAUCGGUGGGGGAUUGCGUCUUGCGAGGCGUCGUUUGAUGUUCCAUUGAAAGUAUAUUGUCCGUUUGCAGACUGUUCGGCUCUUAUGAUCAAAGACAGAAAGGAGAAGGUUAUUGGAAGAUCAAAGUGUCCAAAUUGUAAGAGGAUGUUCUGCGCAGAAUGUAAGGUUGCAUGGCAUGAAGGAAUGGAAUGCAGCGAGUUCCAGAAAUUGAAUGCUGAUGAGAAAGAUAAUGAAGGUGUUAUGUUGAUGUGCCUUGCGAAGGAUAUGAAGUGGAGGAGAUGCCCUAAUUGCAGAUUUUAUGUUGCCAGAUCUCAGGGCUGCGACCAGAUGAUGUGCAGGUGUAAAUGUAGAUUCUGUUACAAAUGUGGAGAUGUUUCCAACCUUAAAGACCCGUGCAGUUGUUUUAAGCCCGUCCAGGUCCAUAGGGUUCGAUAA